AGUCAUUCCUUGAUCACCUUAUAAUAUCCUCUUUGGCUCGCACAUCCUACACUCAUUCUAUCCAUCGUUCGUUCAUUCAUUCAUUCAUAUGUAUAUAUUGACACCUUCGCUUUGACACUGUACUUACACUCCUGACAAUCACCCACGACAUGACACCCAAUCCUCCAGUCCCAAAACCUAAACUAACAGCCUCAACAAAGGCAAGAGAUAACUUUCUAGCAUCUCUUGAGGAUCAGGCUGUUUUCAAAGAAUACCACAAUCAUGACUCUGCAUCAUCUGAUAUGGCGAACCCACGGAAUUGGAGAACAGCGAAGAAGCGGUUGUUGUUUACUGCGUUGAUUUCCAGUUCUUUGCUUGCUGAUGGAGCAAUGACUUGGGGCGCAACAUUGAUUGUAACGCAGGCCCUAGAAUGGGAUAUUAGUAUCAACCAUUCCUCGACCAGCAUGAACUACGGGAUCUUACUUCAAGGCUUCGGAGGAAUAUUUGCUGUACCUCUCAUUGAAGCUUAUGGAAGACUUCCUAUAUGGUUCUGGUCCCAAGUCAUUACGAUGUUCAUGGUGCUUGGCGCCACACUAUCUACUUCCUAUCCCGUAUUUACAACCUUUCGAUCCCUACAAGGUCUCUUUGGGACUGUGCCGCAGGUAGUCGGCCUGUCUAUUAUUCAUGACAUGUACGAUCCAAAGGAUUGGCCGCGGAUGAUCAAUAUUUGGGCAACGACGUUUCUUGUUGGACCAUUCCUCGGCCCUGCAAUAGCCGGAUAUAUACUCGUAGCAAGUCAGAAUCGUUGGAUCGUCUCCUUUGGCAUUUUGACCGCUCUUUAUGGCUUGUCGACACUAUUGAUUAUGCUGUUUGGAUACGAGACCUACUACGACAACCACCACAAUUCCCAUGAUAACAAUAAAUCUCCAAUGUUGACAAGAAUCUACUCCUUUAUCGGCCUGAAUAACAACACCUCCCAUCUGGUCAAACGGUCCACCUUACUGUCCGAGUCAAGUACGCUGCUGAAGUUGAUAUUCAAACUCCCGCUUUUGCUGCUGGGCAUAUCAGUGAUGAUCAAUUUCUGUUGGCCUAUUGGGAUCACGACCACAAUUGACACAUUUCUGCAUGCACCGCCGUAUAUGUUUGAUGAUAUUCAGUCUUCGUCGAUGCGGUUUGCGGGAAUCAUUGGAGGCACGAGCGGAUAUAUAUUUGGUCACUUCUUCAAUGAAUGGAUUUACAAACACUAUCAAUCCAAACACAACCAAACAAACACCAUCAAGAAGAACAGACACAACGACGAAUUAGGCAGAAUAGCAUCCGAAAACAGCAGUGUACAAAUUGCCGACGCUCUCGUCUCUUUCUCUUCUGCUACCAGUGAUCAACACCAUUAUCCAACGACUUCAACAUCAGGCUGGAAACCCGAAUAUCGACUUCACGGCGUCUGGUUCCCGAUUGCCAGUUUGGUGUGUGGAUUGAUCACGUACGGACUCACGCUUCAUUUCCAGAAGAGUUGGCUCGGAUUGGCUUUUGGUUGGAUUAUGGUUAAUCUUGGUAUGGUUGGUAGUAUGGUAGCAAUGACGGCAUACGCGCUGGAAAAAUACCCUACGCAUUCCACUACGGUCAGCGCAAUAAUCAACAUGUGGCGUACUUGCGGUGGAUUCUCGGUGGGUUACUUCCAGGCUAGCUGGAUUGCCAGGAACGGGGUUGGUGUUGUGUUUGGGAUUCAGGCGGCUGUUGUAGUUGCUGGGACUGUGGUUACUAUUGUGCCUGUUUUUGUGUUGGCGAGACAUAAGGCUUGGGUUUGAUUGGGCUGUUAAUUUUAGAUACGAGGUUGUGAGGAUGUUGUUAGACUCUUCUGGGUUUCCAAGGUUGGAGAGCAGUAGUUGUCAUGGCUGGAUCUUACCUUACAUUAUGUACCUAUGUUAUGCGAAAAGUUGAUAUACGAUAUUUUUCAAUCAAGUUAUAGAAUUGCAAAGCUUCACAAUGGGUAUCAUUACAUUAACUCCGAUCAUUCUUCUGACCAGCUUGAAACGUCUCCGGAAAGAAGCCCGGCGGCGGCCAAAUAUCCGCAAUCGACAUGGCAGUCGGCAGUACCAAAGGCCGCGAACCAACCAGUCGAUCUGGAUCGUGACAAAACGCUUGGAAUGUAUUGUCAUCCAUGAAUCCAAACUCUCGAAGCCCUUCUUGACGGCUGUUUGCCCAAUCUGUUGUAUCUAUAUAUGCGAGGUCUUUGAAUAUUGAAUCGAGGUCGUUAGGGGAUGAUGAGGCUUCAUCGGUCAUGUAGGAUCUGCUCCGCUGUUGUUGGCCGAUGUUGAACCCUGCAGAAGCGAGGUUGUGUUGUGAUAGAAUUGCAGAAUCGGGGGUAGAGCCUGUCUGGGUCUGUUGCUGUUGGUUGAGAAGUUGUCCCAUGUUGUUAGGGUCUGUAUUUGAUGACGGAUUGCGUCCUCCCAUGAGUUUGUCUAAGAUGUGAGCGGCUGUUUGUUCUUGAUUGCUAGGAUCCAUUCCGGAUGGAAUACGCAGACCGCUUGUGCUAGAAUCCGGUGCUGCUCUGUACAUACUUUCCGGCUGUAAAGAAAAGGGUUUGGGCAGAUUAGGGCUAAAUCCAGAGUUCUGGGUGAUAGAAGCACGUCCGUGUCCACUGUCUGGGAUGGCCUGAUUUGCCCUUGGCUCC